AUGAGGAUCAAAAAAGAUUGCAAAAACAAUUUGAAUGACGAAGAAUACUGGAUGGGAAUCACCAAAAAUAACAAACCAAGUCUACUUGGGUAUUUAAAUUAUCGAAAAACCAAGGUUGAAAUUCUUGAAAAAGAACGCGAACUUUCACGAUACCGUCAAGAUUUUGAAUGUAUAAAACAUCACUACAAUGAUAAAAGUGGAUAUAACGCAAAUAUCAUUAAACAUAUAAAAUAUAUUGAGGAUAAUUUUGAGGUCGAAUUAGAUUCACCAGAAGUAAAUACUUUCUGGACUCCAGAGGCAGUCAAGGAUCAAGAAACCGCCUCCUUUUCCGUUAACAAUGAUCAAUCUUCCCCUAAUAAUGAUCAAUAUGAUGACGGUGAAGAUGUUGACAAUAAUGCAGUCGAACCAAAUGACUUAGAGUCUGAGAGACAUACUCCAACAAACAAUUUAUUUGAUAUGAAUGCUCUAAAUGAAAGCAUUCGCGAUAAGGUUUCAUUUGAAACCAAAAAGACAUGUGAUGAAGUUGGAAAUAUAUUGGACAAGUUAUAUGAUGAUCCAAAUAUAAAAAUUAUGACCACUUCAAAUGAUUAUGAAAAUGAUUUGAAAGAACUCUUCAUACGUGUGCAAAGAUACUUAAGGCAACCAAGCCGGAACCUUUCAGAGAUGAUGCAUAUGUAUCGGAAUAUCUUACCAUACUUCGAUGCCAUUUUUAACGACUAUGAGAAAUUUACUUUAGAUUGCGGCGAGAAAUCUUUGAAAAGUUCUAGCGAACGGCGAAAUAAGAACUCCGAUCCACAAUCACAGUCACGAAUGGGUCAAAAAUGUGAUCUAAUUGUAACUGCAAAUCGUAUCAGUUGGAAGCCUGAACUAUUAAUUGGUGAAGUGUCAGGAGGUGUUCUUCCCGGAUGUUCGAGAUGCAAGUCUUGGAAAGAUAAAAUCAAGUUAGCAUGGGGGCUAAGGGACUCCUUAAUCAGGAGUGAAAAUGAAUUAGAAAUAGAUGUAGAUAGUUUAGUAGUUUGGGGAGUGCAAAUCGUCGGUUAUAAAUUGAAAGUAUAUACGAUGAUCCGCUUUAAAGGUCUCUUCCACCUAAUUUUACUUAAUGAAUGCUGGUUACCAGUAUCUAUACACGAAAUUUAUAAUAUCGAAACUAUCUUAAACGUGUUGGAAACAAUGCACGAUAAGAUUAAGGCUAUGGAGCUAAAUAUUUUAAAUUUGAUCAAGAAAAAAAACUUGCAGAAUCAGAGAAAGAGAGAAUCUGCCAGUAACAAACAAAAUCUGGAAAACGACCCUCCGGUUAUUCAUACACCUACUAGUAAAAGGUCUAGUUGGGAACAAAAAAUCAUCACAAAAGUUUACAAUAUAAUACUGAAUUGUGAUUGGCUAAAAUUUAAUCAUGCGAUUAAUGGUAGAGCAAAAUUUAUUAAAUUCAUAGAAUAG